AAUUAAACCAAAGGUUUUCUUGUUACGUGCAGAGUGGGCUGUUCUCUUGAUAAUAUGGUUUUGUGAAUAUAAUGAAUGCGUGUGGGUUUUAAAUUUCUAGUUUUAAACAAAAAUAAGAUUUAUUAAGAAUGUACAGUCGAAUGAUUGUUCUAAUCAGCCUGGUGGUGACUCUGCUCACAGCACACUGUACAGCAACCCACUACUUCACAUUACGGAACCAACUUGAUAACAAUAUUUUACAAGCACUGGACAGAGCUGAAAAUGACCUUUCGGAUGAGAUAGUUAAAAAUAGAGGAGCACUAAAGCUAAGCUCUCUUACGAGUAUGGAACUGAAGCCACUGUACUUCCAUAUUGAUGAUUUAGCUGUGCACGUAUCUGACAUGCGCAUGAUAAGCAGCGAGUUUGAGAUGGAAGAGACCAACUUGGAUGUGUUAGGCCACAGGAUGAUGCCAUCAGUCACUUUCCAGUGGAUUGAAGUCAAUGGGAAGCUGAAAACAGGUCUUGGGACAACAGCACCUCUUAAAUCUGAAUUCAGGCUUAUGCAGUACCAUCUUCGAGGCACAGGAGUGGUGAGCUUGACUGUUGACUUGAUCAACGUUAUGUGGUCCUACUUUUAUUUCAGGCCAAACUCAACAUCAUUUGAAAUUAAGAGCUCUGAAGAGAAACUUGAUGGAGAUAUUUUCAAAACAUUAAAUUCGUCUCAAUUUGGGGAAAUGUUGUCCAAAAAGUUACAACGUGAUAUAAGUGAUCAGCUUACCAAAGUGGUAAGUAAGAAUCUCAACCAGACAUUGAAAAGAACUUCAAAAAUAAAGAAUUUGAUGCCGUACUCCGAAGAAAUCAGUGUAAUCGGAGUUAACAACACAGAAAAUGCAAACACUUUCAUAGAUAGUCUACUUAAAAUUGGGGGAGCAAUGAUUCGUGGCAAAUAUGGUGAUCGAAUAAAAAUUCCUGACAUUGAUGAGGGAUUUUCAGAGAAGUUUCUAGUUACUUUCCGAGGAAGUUUUAAAGCCACUCAAGGUGCUGCUAUUGGUGCCUCCUCAGUCUAUCGUAUUGGCGAUGUAGUGUUUGGCUACAGCAACGAUUUACUUUUACACUUCUAUGGCACUCUAGGAUUCCAAGCUUUACAUCUCUACUACGACCAGUACAAAGCUGAACUCUGGAGUGUUGGGCCCUCUGGAUCCCUGGACACCAAGUUGGCUCCACUCUCUGUUCUGGUACACGUCUAUCUAAACACUUCCUCCAAAGUUAUAACGUUGGAAAAAUUCAAAAUUACCAAUGUUGGAGACCUAGAUGUAUCACUGACUGGAGUGGGAGGCUGGUUUAAUUGGUUUGUAUCUCGAGUUACCACAUGGGUCGUGGGCCUUUACCGAGACCAAGUACUGCAGCAAUUGGAGUCCAGAUAUGAACAGUAUGGCCAUGAAAUCUUUUCCACCUACAGCAUCGAAGAACUCCUCAACGAUGGAAAGAAUGAAGCUUAUGUUUUGUAAAAAUAUAAAUUAAUAUUUAGAAUAUCUA